UGAAGGGAAUGGUAUCAGUUGGCUUUUGUCCAGUAGCUAGGUGCAGGUAUUUCAAAACAAAGUCCCAGUAAGUUUACAAAGAAACCAAGGGAAGAAUUACUUAAGGAUAUUACAGAUUCAGAAUUGCAACAGAGUCACAAAGAGCAAUAGCAAGGGCCGGGUAGGCACCUAUGGGAUGCAGAGAAAGGUGAUGUUUGGGAAACUAGCAAUAUCCCCAGUUAUCUCGCAUAAUAUUUUCAAGCAGGGAAUUUGGAGUAUGGAUGACUAAUAAAACCCACAUAAACUCUAUCAACUUGUUUUCACAAUAUUUGUUCAGAUGGUGAACAAGCAUUUCUGUGUUGACAUGCUGACUGAGCGUAACACUGCCUAACCAUUUUGAGGCCUUGGGAUCCACUGGAUUACUGAAGACUUCAAAGGAAGGGCUACAGAUUCUUCUAAGGGACUUUUUUCUUACACUGUAGUCAAAAGAGUGAUUGCAGCAUGUGUACAGUGGCUCUGGGUCAAAUAGGGAAUUUCUUGGCCUACACUGCAGUCCCAACUGUGCUAGUGACGCCCUUGGGAGCUCUUGGCGUUCCAUUUGGCUCCAUUUUAGCUUCUUACUUACUGAAAGAAAAACUGAACAUUCUUGGCAAGCUGGGAUGUUUGCUGAGCUGCGCUGGGUCUGUUGUUCUCAUCAUCCAUUCCCCGAAGUCCGAGAGUGUAACGACUCAGGCUGAGCUUGAAGAGAAGCUUACAAAUCCAGUUUUUGUGGGUUAUCUCUGCAUAGUGCUGCUAAUGCUUCUCCUGCUUAUCUUCUGGAUAGCUCCAGCUCAUGGACCUACUAAUAUCAUGGUUUACAUCAGCAUUUGCUCUCUGUUGGGCAGUUUCACUGUUCCCAGCACGAAAGGCAUUGGGCUGGCUGCUCAAGAUAUCUUUCACAAUAACCCAUCGAGUCAAAGGGCUCUGUACCUCUGUCUGGUACUUCUGGCAGUAUUAGGAUGUAGCAUUAUCAUUCAGUUCAGAUAUAUCAAUAAGGCACUGGAAUGUUUUGACUCCUCUGUGUUUGGUGCCAUCUACUACGUUGUGUUUACCACCCUAGUCCUGUUGGCUUCAGCCAUCCUUUUCAGGGAAUGGAGUAAUGUAGGAGUGGUAGAUUUUUUGGGAAUGGCUUGUGGAUUCACCACAGUAUCUAUUGGAAUUGUUCUUAUACAAGUCUUCAAGGAAUUCAACUUCAAUAUCGGAGAUUUAAAUAAACCUAACAUGAAGACAGAUUAAAAUAUUUUUUGAGGGGAAACUGGAUGGCUCAGGGAAGGAUGCAGAGCCUUUCAUUUCUAGGUCACUGAUUCAAAUAUGAUUCAGGUUGGUAUUUACCCUCUGACAAUUUGGUGGCCUAUGUGAAAUGAAUUGGGGGCCUCCAUCCAGUUUCAAAGGAACAAUUGCCCAUGUACCCCAGUCAACACAAUAAAUGACCUUAAUUGGAACCACUGAUUGAGUCAGCAUAGAGACUGAUGUAUUUCCUUACUGUAAAAGGCAAUGCAUCAGAAAAGAUUUUGGGAUAUUCUGACAGACCUGUGUGUAAAAGCUUGUAUUGUGGCUUCUGAGGUACCAUUCCUGUGGGCAGAGAACAUCAGUUUCUAAUGCACUCAAUCUGACACCUUUCAUGAGUGAUGUAUACCUUAAAAUAUGGGGGGGAAAAAAAGUAAGUGGAACAAUUUGUUAAUCUCAGUAUAGCGAUGUGUUCACCGUCAAGGCUGUGAAUUCUGAGACAAAUGUUGGUUGAACCAUGGACUGCAGAUUUCUCGUUUUUAGUGACUGUCUCGGCAACUUGGUCUGCCAUGCGGUGAAGACACUGGGGAGUUUUAAAUUGAAUUCUUUAUACAGAGCACUGGACCCUUAAAGAUCUUUCACUAAUUACUUAUCAGCUGAUGGUAGUGUCCAGGUAUGCAUUUUUCUUUGUAACUUAUGUGCAUUAAGACAUACCGCAUUCAUCUGAGAGUUUUUAAUUGGGAGCAAACAGAAAGACUGUGAAGGAUAUGGAAAUGAUGCACAGACUCAUUGCCUAUAUGGUGGCUUAUUUGUAAGCAGCUCGGAACUAUUUCAGUGCCUUUGUAAUCCAAAAAUACUGCAUAAAUGUGAAUGUAUUUGUUUCAGAUGGCUUAUAUCAGUUUAAUAAUUCAGUUUCACUGUUUAUAAUAUUGGACUGUAUUCAAAUUCUAAACAUGUAAAGCAUCCAGGAGCCACAAAUUUUUGGAAGCAUUUACAGACCUGAACUGAAACCCUUAGAUGCCUUGACAGCUUCUGAAAGACCCAUAGUCUUAAUGGGAAGAGGUAAUCUAUGGGAGGACUUGUUUAAAGCAGUCCAGCAUACCUUUAUUUUAGUUAAGUGACUAAAUACAGGAAAUCAUUUUGUGAAGUAGCUAAUAAGCAAGGACCACAAAAAUAAGAAAUUGAAAAGCAUGAGAUUUCUCAUCACUCAAAAAAAAAAAAAAAAAGGUCUGACCUUCUUGUAAACAUGAGAAAAGGAGGUUAAGAACUGAAAAGCAUAGGCAUUCAGAGAGCUGGGUUUCAGAUAACUAACAGGGAUAUACAUUGAGAUCCAGUAAUUUACAGACCCGUGUGAACAGUUCAGCCAUAAUAUUUUAACAAGUAGUAGACAGCUUAAGCUAUGAUUGGAAUGGUUCUGAACUGUUCAGUUUAAAUCAUUUAGAGAAUAUUGAUAUGUCAAAGAAAAAUUAAUUUUCACAUUCUAGCUAUAUUUGGUAUUUAAAACAUCACGAGUCAAAAUUGUAAGGAAAGCUUGAAAAGUAAUGAAUGUUGGUUUCCAUUUAAGUACAAAAAUGUAAGGGUACAAUAGAACUCAACAUCUCUAGUUCAGAACGUCUCUUGUAAUGAACAGAAAACCCCAACAUGAUUACAAGACAGUAUUUAUGAGGAUGUUGAUUAAUGGGGAGUAAUACUUCCACUCUUGCAAUGUUUUUUGUUAACCUGAAUUAAUGUUACCUUAAAACUCAGCCUCCAAUUUCAUUUAAGAGGGGUGUUAUAAGCCCUUUUGAUGGCAGCAAUAAUUGUGAACAGUGAAUCCUAAAGAUGUGGUAUUCUGAAGGGACUGUUCCGAGGGAGUAAGAGCCCCACUAUGUUAUUUGGAAGCUUGUUUUGGAACUCCAGACUGGGGGGAAUGACUGAGUUAGCAGAGAUGUAUGUCGUUAUAGGCCAGCAUGGAAACUGGGUAUCUUGGUGAAAGAGAAAAGUCCAUCUUUACAGAUUUUCAAAUAUUGUGUAUGGUUUCUAUAAAGUUUGAGAACUGUAGAUGAGGGAAAUUGGACUAUGAAAGCCAGUUAAAACUAACCUCUGUCCAUUAUUGAUUGGAAGAUGGUAUCUUGGUUCUCAGACGACAGUUAUGUUUUUUCAUAUUAAUUCCCUUUGUUCUGAUUGAAACUGGAAUUGUACAUAGAUUGAGACCCAUAGUGACCUACUUUUUAAAACAAUAUUGACUGUUUUCUGAAACAGUCAAGUUGUCUUUUCAAAAUUCAUAUCUGGAAUUCACGAGUUGUGUUGGUUUUGUACUAUCCUUUAAUCUCCGAAGACUUCAUGAAAAUCUUGAGUUCAGGAUGGAAAUGAUUGUGGUCUCAUCUUAGUCCUCCUUUGGCCACAUUUGUUUAUUUUGUUUUGUUUCAAAGUUAAUUCCUAUUUAUUUAGAAAGUGCCUAUCCUAGUACGUUAGGUGCGUAUGCAAAUUGUUAGUAACUACUAGAUCCAAAAUAACUUGACUGCCCUGUCUAAACCUUGCUGUUUUCUGCACCACACACAAGUUUACUUGAUAAGUACUCACUAUGCAGAGUAAGAAUAAAGUAGCAGCCAUGUUCUGUAGUCCUCUGACCAUCCUUACAGCUGAUAAAUGUCUGCAUAGGUUUCUUCUCCCCAGCCGCUCCUCAUCCGUGAUGAGCCUUCUAGAAAUGUCUAGUUAACCUUGUUUAAAACAGAGAUGUCAAAAGCCAGCACAUAAGGUGAAAGAAAUUCUUGUGGCCUUGCACACAUCAUUUGCAUCUACAGCCUUUUACAUCAUGAAUGCUAAAUAAUGGACACCUUUAUUUUUGCUACUUUGUUCAGUGUGUAGCAGUGUUCUUUUGAGCUCUGCUGCACCUGAUCUGGUUCAGUUCUAACUUUAGAAAUAUAUUAGCAUUUUCUGUUGUCACUGUUGGUAUGAUUCUUCCCCUCUCCAUCCCACGCCCUCCUUGUUCUAGGUGUCUUACCUUUUUUUAGUCCUGUUGUUUCUCUAAUUUAAGAGGGGGCACUGUGGAAGCUGAAUUUUAGCUGUUCCCUCUUUUGGGUUUUUUUCCCCACCCCUUUGACAAGUAAGCACUUUGAAUAAGACAGAUAUCCAAGUUCCAUCAUCUCAGGGAGCAAAUGUGCAUAGUUGUCUCCUGAGCUUUGGUGUCCCUCAUGGGUCUGCCCUUUUCGUGUUCUCUUUGCAUUAUGUCUAUUGACAGCUACAAGCCAGAUGACUUCAGUUCUAAUUCCAAAGUAGAAGUGGGAGAGGCUAUACAUACAAAAAGUGGACUCAUUACAGUGGUGGGAUGUGUUUGAAUAAAAUUCAGAUCCGCAUGAAAGGCAUUCCACUCUCUAUGUCUGGCUUCCAUUACACUUGUUAAACAUAUUUACUUGGUACUCACUUGAAGUUCUUUGAUCAUUAUCCCUUCAGUGUAUGGAGGAUUUACAUGCGUCAGUCACGAUCUUUAUUAGGUGUCAAACACAAAAAUCCCUCAAAUGUUCAGUAGGAGAAUAGAAACCUUUUUGAUACAACCAAAAAAGAAUUUGUUACACCUUAAAUACGUAAAAAAAAGAAAAAUAUCUAAACAAGUUAUCUGCUGUAUUGACUUUCCAGGACUCUCUUAUGUGUACAUAGAGUCUAUUUAUUAGCGAGCUGCAACUAACAUUAAUAAGAACCUGUCAUAUCACAGUGUGACAAGUGAGGCUUCCUAUUAAUAAUCUUGGUUUACGUUGAACAUGUAUUUUUCUGAAGUAGCUAGCACUGAAAAAUGAAAACACUGGAUUAAUUUGUUAAAACAGUAGAAACUAAGGUUUAGCUUUCCUUUUUAUGUAAAAAAAAAUAGAGGGUUUGUAUUUGAAGAAAGAUUUAGGGUUAAUAAAUAUGGGGUGCUUUAAAUGGGCAGUUGUUUGCAUGUUGUACCCCUCUCACCUUCUUGUUUCAUAAAUAUAAAAUAUCAAGGGUUCUACAGAUCUUCCUCUGUCAUCUUGAUAUGGUGUAACUGCUGAAGUUUUACUGUUAAAUCAAAUGUUAUCAAAUGUUUAUCUAUUACCUGUUACCUUUUCUUUACAGAGAUUAGUCUUUGUAAUAACUCUUUGGUGCUACUGAAUAUGGGUUUAAGUGAUGCAGAAUUUUAGCAUGUAACGUGUUAGGCACCAAUGAUGUCAACAGUUGUUAUUACUAGUGCCCAAGUGUUUCAGACAGUGGUGUUGAAAUGUUAGGGAUUAAGAAAUCUUUUUAAAAAGCUUUGAACAGUUGCUCUACAGAGUGGAAAAUAUUACACAAAAGGGUUAUUUUUAAGUUAAAUCUUUUUUCAACUAUGGAUCUUUCUCUUGUUUGGGUUUUUUUGGGUUUUUUUUUACUUGUUUGGGUUUUUUUUCUGGAAUGUAAAAAAUAGUUCUAAUGGAAUAUGGUGAAAAGGUGGAUGGCAACAAACAUACAGUGUCAGGUUUGGUUGCUUCAAUGCUAUUGCAAUAUAGUUACUACAGAUUAGAUAAAAAUGUUUUAUUUUAUUAGCUUCCAAAUAAUGUAUAUAUAGAUUUGUUAAUGGCUUACAAGUCAAGCUUACUCUCUUUGCUUUUUAAAAAAUAGUUAUAGGCAUGUUGUAUUUGCCUUGUGUAAAUUAUAAAAGGCUAUUUAUUAAGUUUUCUGAUAACUAAUCUAUUUAUUAACCUGUAUUGUUUUAAAAUAAAAGAUUUAUUUCUAGCUCAA